AUGUCUCUACUUCGGUUGUCAAGCUCUCAGAGAGUCUUCAGGAACGUAUCUCUGAUCGUACUGAGUGGCUCUGUCUGUUUGUUCCUGUGGGCCGCUCUCAGACCCUGCUCUGACAGGAAGCCUCUUCGCUUUUCAGACCUCCUCCCUCUGCACUACGCUGUAGACUUGCCUGCCUGCUCAGCCAUCAUCCGAGGAGACAUAGAGGGUCUGGAGAAGGAACAGCUCAGGAGACUGCUGAAGACCAAGAAGAAGAGCCAGUUGCUGUCGGAGGCAUUCUACCACAACGUGACACAGGACUGCCAGAGAUUCGUCACAGACAGAGAGUUCAUUACCAUGCCUAUCAGCCUGGAGGAGGAAGAGUUCCCCAUUGCAUUCUCCAUGGUCAUCCACGAGAAGAUUGAGAUGUUUGACCGGCUCCUGCGUGCUUUAUACACUCCUCAGAACGUCUACUGCGUCCACAUCGACCAGAAAUCAUCCGAGGACUUCAAGAGUGCAGUGAGGGCUAUCGUGUCCUGCCUACCCAAUGUGUUUGUGGCCAGUAAGAUGGAGAGCGUCAUCUAUGCCUCCUGGUCCAGAGUGCAGGCUGACCUGAACUGCAUGGAGGACCUGCUAAAGUCAUCUGUCCAGUGGAGGUACCUUCUCAACACCUGUGGAACAGACUUCCCCAUUAAGACCAACGCUGAGAUGGUUCAGGCCCUCAAGCUGCUGAACGGAAAGAACAGCAUGGAGUCAGAGGUCACCAACGGCUACAAGAAGGGCAGAUGGAAGUUUCACCACAACGUCACGGAUACAGUAGUCAGGACAGAGGUUAAGAAGAACCCUCCACCAAUCAACACCCCCAUGUUCUCUGGCAACGCCUACUUCGUGGUAUCCAGAGCCUUCGUCCGUCACGUGAUGAAGAGUCAGGAGGUCCGGGUUCUGCUGGAGUGGGAGAAGGACACCUAUAGUCCUGAUGAACACCUGUGGGCCACUCUGCAGCGCAUGCCCGCUGUCCCAGGCUCCAACCCCCCCAACAGUAAGUACCAGCAGUCUGAUAUGAACUCCAUAGCCAGGGUAGUGAGGUGGAGCUACCUGGCUGGGGAUGUGAGGAGCGGAGCCCCCUACCCCCACUGCUCCGGGACCUACAGGAGAGCUGUGUGUGUCUAUGGAGCUGGAGACCUGCAGUGGCUCCUAAACCAACACCACCUUAUCGCUAACAAGUUUGACCCCGAGGUGGAUGAUGUCUGGAGUCAUACCUGUGCUUCAAAGCAACACACCGUGUAUCAUUAA